AUGGACCUAAAGUGCAAGGAUCAAGGCUAAAAAAUAAUAUUAAAAAAAAAGGCUGGGCUUAAGUUAAAGAAGGCUCCUCAAUUUCCUGACAGAGUAUUGACAGAUGCCCUAGUUACACCAUCGACUAAUGUGAGAGAAUCUCGAGAAAGCAAUCUUCUCUAAGGGUUGGUAUCGCCUAUUGAUGAUGAAAAGACCAAUCAAUUCAACUUCUUCAACUGCAAUUCCCAAAAAUAAUUAGUUACUGUUAAAAAAGUGGAUCCGAUUGAGUAGAUCAAGAGGAUAAUCUCCGAAAAUGAAAGACUUCGAUUGACGAUAAAUUAAAAGCAGAAAAUAAUUGACACGAGGAUGAAAUAAAGAAAAGAAAUCCCAGAACUCUUGUUGUCUCAAAGAAAUUCGCGUAGUUUACUGCAACCUCAUGAGAAAUAGAAUACUGCAGAUGAUUAUGGAUACUUUUUGGAUAAGCAGUCAAUAUCUUAAAAUUAUAAACGUUCAAUGUUGCCUCAGAUUGAAUCUAAGCAAAGUUCUCCAAUAACUCGAGAUGAAUGUGCUUUCACAUUUGCAAAUAAUUUCUUUAUCAAAGAACAAAAGGUCUCCCCUAAAAAAAUCAAUAUGAUGCAAGCUUUUCCUUAAUUGCAUUUGUAGAGAAAAUUUUUUACUUGA